AUGAAUCGUUAUCUACCUGUGGCAAGACAGCACUUCCUGGCUGCACUAGCUAGCACUAGCGUGGUGGUGAAAGCCAUCAGUGCUUUGGUGGUGAUCCUUUAUCUGCUCUCCUGGGCUUUGGACACGACGUAUGCACUGGGGGUUACUCCAGGGUACCUGUUUCCUCCUAACUUUUGGGUUUGGACAUUGCUCAGCCAUGGGGUCGUUGAGGAGCACGCAUGGGGCGUGCUGGUCAACAUUGCGACUGUCAUGUCCUGCGGACGCCUGCUAGAACCUUUGUGGGGUGCCCUGGAACUGCUGAUAUUUUUUGUGGUGGUGAAUGUAUCAGCGGGCCUUUUAGCAGGACUCUCCUACCUCUUCACCUACGCGGCCACCUUCAACCUGGACUACUUGUUCGCCGUCCGCGUCCACGGGGCAGCCGGCUUCUUGGGAGGCGUACUCGUGGCGCUGAAGCAGACCAUGGGGGAUACCACAGUGCUCCGAGUUCCACAGGUCCGUCUGAAAGCGGCUCCAGCACUGAUUCUUCUACUCCUGGCCUUACUCCGCCUCUCGGGUCUGCUGGAGAGCUCCGCCCCCUUAGCUGCCUACAGCUACGGAGCCCUGUCCGGCUGGGUGUACCUGCGCUUCUACCAGAGACACAGUCGGGGCCGCGGCGACAUGUCCGACCACUUUGCUUUUGCCAGUUUCUUCCCGGAGGCGGUGCAGCCGGCGGUGGCUCUGCUGGCGGCGUUGGUUCACGCCGCCCUGGUCAAAGUGAAGGUGUGCAGGAAGAUGGUCAAGAGGUACGACGUGGGCGCGCCUUCCGCAAUCACCAUCAGUCUGCCCGGGACGGACCCGCAAGAUGCCGAGAGGAGGAGACAACUGGCGCUUAAAGCGCUUAACGAGCGUCUAAAACGGGUGGAGGACCAGUCAGCUUGGCCCAGCAUGGACGACGAGGAAGACGAAGACGCCGACGAGAUCCGAACCGAAACUCGGCCUCUCCUUCAGCGCGAUCCUCCUUCCUCCGGAGGCGCCGUCGGCACGGCGCUCUCCGCUAAUCCCUCGUCCUCCGCCGGCAACGGAGCGCAAGGCAACCCGGAAUCGAGCAUCAUCAGCUUCGAGGACGCGCCUUCUCGGUCGUAA